AAAGCACUCGGCUGUGUGCUGCUCCCUAGCCUCCCUUGUCCCUCGCCUCCCACCUGAUCUCCUCUCCUCCUCUUCCUCCUCCUCCUCCUCCUCCUCUGGUUCAUCAUGACCUCCACCCUGGAGAUGCUGCCCCCCGACCCGGAGCUCAGUCCGGAGCGACUGGACGGCUGUGAGGACUUUGGCGGACGCUACAAUGUUGUUCCCUCGGUGAUCUGCUCCAUGUGCUGCCUCUUCGGCAUCAUCUACUGCUUCUUUGGGUACCGCUGCUUCAAGGCGGUGAUGUUCCUGACCGGCCUGAUGUUCGGCUCCGUGGUGAUUUUCAUGCUCUGCUACAAGGAGCGCGUCCUGGACACGCAGCUGAGCAUGGAGGCGUCGGUGGGCAUCGGGCUGGGCAUCGGCACGCUGUGCGGCCUGGUCACCAUGCUGGUGCGCAGCGUGGGGCUCUUCAUGGUGGGGCUUCUGCUGGGUCUCCUGGUGGCCGUGGCUACACUGGUGGGCAUGGAGGAGCUCUCCGACAGCCCCCCUCGCUCCGUUUGGGUCCCUCUGGGCGUCCUGUUGGGGCUCGGGAUGCUCUUCGCCGUGCUCGCGCUCCAAUGGCAGCGCCUCUUCACCACGUUCUCCACCGCCAUGUUCGGGGCGGCCGUCAUCACGGUGGCGGUGGACUACUUCGUGGAGCUCUUCGCCCUCGUGCUGUACAUGUACGAGCGCCUGAAGGCAGCACCGGGGAAACCUGUGUGCUGGGUGACGUGGGUGGUGCUGGGGGUGUGGCCCGCCCUCACCCUGCUGGGGGUCAUGGUGCAGUGGAAGGUCACCGCCGAGGGGUACUCCCACACCAAGGAAGGGCUGAGCCCUGCAGCCUACUGCGGGCCACCCCAGCCUCAGAAAAUAGAGCGGGACCACCUCCCCACACAAGUCAGAGAAACUCCCAACAUCCUCCCCACGAGAGUCCUAGGACUCACCAGGACUAGCGACACUCGCAACCACCCGGCGCACAAUGCGGCCAGCAUGGGAUACAGGUGGUGGCACCACCCCAGAGGGACCAGGUCCGCUGGGUGGCCGACGUGGACGUGGACGGAGAGGGCCUUUGAGACCUACAUCGAGACUCCUCCCGCCUCUUUAUACGGCAUCGCUGGGAUGGCCCCUUCUCCUGCAGCCACAGCAUCGCUGCCUACCCCAACCCAAACGCCGCCAUACGCCGAGUCCCACCUCACGAACCGGACUACCAACGACGACCUCCUGACGCAGAAGAAAGAAGAAGAACAAAGCUAUCGCCAGCAGGGAGACGCGCCUAGGAGUAGUGGACGUAGGAGGGAGACGACGGCCGACUACUAG